AUGGAGUUGGAUUCGGCGCUCGCGGCGAACGCUGCCGCGGGCGCCGCUGUGCAAGCUGGUGCCAUGGUCCCCGUCCAAGCUGACGGCGGCGGAGGCGGCGGCGCUGACAAGGAGGAGGAGGAGUUUGAUGGCGGCGAGGAGUACGCAGUUCAGGCAGUACAAUGCUUCAACUGCAAGCGCCUGGGCCACAGGCAGGCGGAUUGCCCAAUGCCGCGACGCUGCUUCCAGUGCAACCAGCCGGGCCACCGCGCCGCCCAGUGCCCCGCCGCCCGCGGCGGGGCGGGGCGCGGCAGGGACUGCGCAGCACUGCUUGGCACGGUGGUGCAGAACACAACGCAGAUGCAGCACAACCUGCUGCAGACCAUCGUCCAGGUGCUCACGCAAGAUCACCAGGGCCUGGCGGUCGCAGGCGGCCGCAUCGACGUGCACAGAGGACGCGCCGGCGGCGGCCGCCGGCGUGAGGGACGCGGCGGCGGCAACCACGGGCACGGCGGGCGCGGCAACGGCGGCCGGCCUCACAGCGAACGCGGCCGCAGUGGGGCGCAUCAUGGCGUUGGCGGCGGUCACGGCAGCAGCCCCGGCGGCACCCCUGGCGCCAACCUCCGUGGUAGCGGCGCCGGUCAUGCCAGCGGCGCCGCCGGCGGCCCCGGCGGCGGCGCUGCCGGCGGACCCAGCGGCCGUGCCGCUGGCGGCCCCACCAACGGCGGCGGCACCGGCCCCGACGCAGACGCGAGCUUCUUCAACCCCGGCGCCUUCGCCCACGCCCUUGGCAUCAACCUUGCCAGCAACCCAGGCGCCAACCACAGCGCCGGCUAG